AUGAAUCCAGAAUAUGACUACCUGUUUAAGCUUUUGCUUAUUGGAGAUUCAGGAGUGGGAAAAUCAUGUCUCCUCCUGAGGUUUGCUGAUGAUUCAUAUCUUGAAAGUUACAUUAGCACCAUUGGGGUCGACUUUAAAAUCCGCACCGUGGAACAGGAUGGGAAAACUAUUAAACUCCAAAUUUGGGACACUGCUGGACAAGAACGUUUUAGGACGAUUACUAGCAGCUACUAUCGUGGGGCACAUGGCAUUAUUGUGGUCUACGAUGUGACAGAUCAAGAAAGCUUUAACAAUGUCAAGCAAUGGUUAAAUGAAAUUGACCGCUAUGCAAGUGAGAACGUAAAUAAGCUACUAGUCGGAAACAAGUCUGACCUCACAGCACAGAAGGUUGUGUCUUAUGAGACAGCGAAGGCAUUUGCUGAUGAAAUUGGGAUACCUUUUUUGGAAACAAGUGCUAAAGAUGCCACAAAUGUAGAACAGGCUUUCAUGGCCAUGACUUCUGAGAUCAAGAACAGAAUGGCAACCCAACCAGCCAUGAACAAUGCCAGACCCCCAACAGUGCAGAUUCGAGGACAGCCUGUCAAUCAAAAGUCCGGUGUUUCUGAUAGUUCUAGUGUGAGUGUUGCUUCUCUCCUGACUUGUUACAAAAUCCCAAAUUUUAAGAUUUUUUUGUCAUACAUGUUGGCAGAAGUUUCUUGGGACACUGCUGGACAAGAACGUUUUAGGACGAUUACUAGCAGCUACUAUCGUGGGGCACAUGGCAUUAUUGUGGUCUACGAUGUGACAGAUCAAGAAAGCUUUAACAAUGUCAAGCAAUGGUUAAAUGAAAUUGACCGCUAUGCAAGUGAGAACGUAAAUAAGCUACUAGUCGGAAACAAGUCUGACCUCACAGCACAGAAGGUUGUGUCUUAUGAGACAGCGAAGGUAAUUUGAUGUUUUGUAGACAUUGGAUCUCAAUUACUUCUUUCUUAGAGAAGUGAAUGACAAGAGAAGAUUGAUGUUACUGGUGUGAAAUAUUGGGAUUGAAUAACUGAACUUCUGUUUUUCUUUUGCAGGCAUUUGCUGAUGAAAUUGGGAUACCUUUUUUGGAAACAAGUGCUAAAGAUGCCACAAAUGUAGAACAGGCUUUCAUGGCCAUGACUUCUGAGAUCAAGAACAGAAUGGCAACCCAACCAGCCAUGAACAAUGCCAGACCCCCAACAGUGCAGAUUCGAGGACAGCCUGUCAAUCAAAAGUCCGGUUGCUGCUCUUCCUGAAGAGAGAAAUGUUCGGUUGACUGAUGUGCCUGCAUGUGUUCUCCAUCUCAUUAAAACUAGUCGAUUUUCUAUGUACUGCUUGGUUAUGAAAGAAAGAAUGUCGGCCAUGACUUGCUUUUUCUUAUCAGUUGCUUCAGAACUCCGUUAAAAAACUCCAUUCUUUUGAUGUAUUUGAUUUUAACAAAACAUUUGUACAAAGUAGGAAUAUUGUUAAAAAGCAGUAUUUGUGAUUUCCUUUACUCCGUUUCUCAUUAUUUCUGUUUUAUGGCAUGAAUCUCCAUCAUAUAGACGUCCCCAGCAUGAUCCUAUUCCAAUCCGGCAGGUGGGUUUGGUGGAAUUUGUUGCAAG